CGUCAUGUUUAAGAAACGAAACCUAAGGUUCGGAGAAACAUUAGUCACUCGACGUGCAAGCAGUUCUCUCUUUCAGGAGUAUAAUCAAACAAAAACUACAACAAGGAAUGGCCUCUCCUACUUCCUGGUCUGAAGAGAACUUUUCAUGUCCCAUCUGUCUGGAUGUGUUCAGCAGCCCAGUGUUUACACCAUGUGGACACAACUUCUGCAGAACCUGUAUCACAAAGUUCUGGGAUGAACAAGCCCAGUACAAAUGUCCCGCUUGCAACGAGCUCUUCCACACUAGACCUGAUUUGAGGGCCAAUAUUCUCGUAUCAGAGAUGGCUGCUCAGUUUAAAACAUCUGUUAAGGUAAAAGAGCAGCCUUGUGUUGAAUCAGGAGAAGUUCCCUGUGACGUCUGUACUGGGACCCAGCUGAAGGCCGUGAAGUCCUGCCUAGUGUGUCGUAUCUCUUACUGCCAAACCCACCUGGAGCCACAUCAGAGAGUCGCAGGCCUGAAGAAACAUCAGCUGGUCGAGCCUUUGGACCAUCUGGAAGAAAGGAUGUGUAAGAAACAUGACCGACUUCUGGAGCUCUUCUGCAGGACUGAACGGGUGUUUGUGUGUCAGUUCUGCACAGAGGGUGACCACAGAUCCCAUCCUGUUGUACCUCUGAAGGAGGAAUAUGAAGUGAAGAUGGCCCAGCUGGGAAACAUGGAGUCUGAAGUUCCGCAGAUGAUCCAGGAGAGAAAACGAAAGAUUAAGGAGAUCAAAGACACAGUAAAAUUGAGCAAGAAAGAUGCAGACACAGAGAUUGUCGAUGGUUUGCAGGUCCUCACUGCUCUGAUGCGCUGCAUUGAAAAGUGGCAGGAAGAUUUCAACCAAACGGUUCAAGAGAAACUGAAAUCCACAGAGAAACAAGCUGAAGACCUGAUCAAAAAGCUGGAGCAGGAAAUUAAGGAUCUGACCAAUAGAAGCUCAGAGGUGAAGCAGCUCUCACACACUGAAGACCACCUCCACUUCCUCCAGGCCUUCAGAUCCCUGAAGGAUCCUCCACCCACCAGGGACUGGACCACGGUGGAGGUCCGUCCUCCGUCAUACGUAGGGACCUGGAGGAGAUCCCUGGAUCAGCUGGAGGAGACACUGAACAUGGAGAUGAAGAAACUGCAUGGUGUUGAACUGAAGAGGGUCCAGCAGUAUGAAGUAGAUGUGACUCUGGAUCCUGAUACAGCUGCUUCCAGGCUCAUCCUGUCUGAGGAUAGGAAACAAGUACAUUAUGGAGGUUUAGGGAAAAAACUCCCAGACAUCCUGAAGAGAUUUACACGUUUUUCAUGUGUUCUCUCGAGUCAGAGCUUCUCUUCAGGGAGAUUUUACUUUGAGGUCCAGGUUAAAGAUAAGUCUGUACGGUGUUUAGGAGUGGCCAGAGAGUCCAUCAACAGAAAAGCAGACAUUGCAUUGACCCCUAAAACUGGCUGCUGGAGGAUAUCAUUCAACAAGGAUGUGUUUGUAUUUCAUGAUGACCCUGUUGUCCGUGUCCCUCUGAGAGCUGCGCUCCAGAAGGUGGGGGUGUUUGUCGAUUAUGAAAAGGGUCUGCUCUCCUUCUAUGAUGUGGAAGCAAGGGUUAAAAUCUACUCUGCUACUGGCUGCACCUUCACUGAGCCUCUCUAUCCAAUCCUCUAUCCACUUGACUUUGAUAGUAUGAAACCUUCCCUCCUGAUAAUCUCACCUGUCCAGCAAACAGACUAACACUGUUUGAUAUUCAAAUGAACAAGAACUAAUGAUAUUUCCUGAAUAAUCUGCUAUUUGAUAUCUGAGAGAACUGCAUUAAUGUUGUCCUGUUGUCAUUUACCAAGUAUGAAAAUAACCCUGACUACUUUAAAUAUAGCCCAUUGUAAAUUAUUAUAUUCCACUAUUCUUUAAUGUGUGUAUUCUCCGUAUCUUCCUUUCAUAUAAUAUUGUAAAUUGUUUGUUAUGUAGAUCAACUUCAGAGGAUACCGUUAACAUAAAUUUACAUUACUAUUUGUAUUGAUAUAUUGCGGAAUCAUGAAAAAAUACCCAAUUCAAUCUCUUGUCACUUUUUGGGCGUUUGCACUGGACUUUUUUUUCUGACUUUGACUUUGCUUCUGCACAUAACAUAGAUCCUCUGCUGUAUCUGACCGGCGCGAUGGAGGGAACACUCGAGCCUGUGGAUCGUUCACUUCAUUUUAAUCCACAUAGGCCUACCUAACGUAGCGCCAAUAUAAUGCUUAAUUAUGUGGAUUGAGUGAUCCAUUCAUAUUUUUGGUGACGACAUUGGUGACAAAUUAAAUGUGAAGGGAGAAAUAAAACGACUAGAGGGCCGCGUUAUGAAACGAUGCGUCAGAUAAACGAUCGCACACUACGACAGGGCAUAAACUCCACAUAUGAAUCCUAUUUAACGGCCCGUUCCCGUAUAUCAUUUGAAUUUUUUCUUAAGUGACCGUAACAUAGGCUUACCUUUGUUAUCCGUUCGGUCCUUGCAGAGACAACAGAUAGAAUAAGAUUAUUAAUAAGAGGGAAAUCGUCGAGCGAUAUCUCUUGUUCAGAAUGGUUUUUCAAUAUGUAUGCAACAGUUGACAUGCAAACCUUAGAUUCAUAGAAAAAAAAAAGUCAACGUUUUAUGCAGCUCAUUGUGACGUCAUACGAGAGAUGACCUCUCCACCGUGGCCAUGGGUGUGUUCCCGUCCUGUUCUGUGUUCGUGCGUGCGUGUGUUACGGACAGUGCUGUUAGCAGAGGUUAUCAGAGCAGAGGCGAGACGUUUGCAUGUCAUGAAUAUUCAUAAGUAAGAGCCAAAAUCCUGUCGUUCCUCCCCGCCCACCUCCUCCACUACGAUCAUAGCAGUGUGAAACAGGAGCACCAUAGGAUUCUUUCACCAAAUACGACUCACA